UUGACAAGUAUCACUGCAGCCACAGCAGAAGCCACGUUUCAGUAUUCUGUAUGAUGAAAAUGUUGAAAUCCGGGAUGGGUAGCAGUGUUGGGGUAGCGGAGAGGAAAACGAUGAAGAAGCCGGCGCAGGCCAGCUCGAGGAAAGGGUGUAUGAGAGGAAAAGGAGGGCCAGAAAAUGCUAUGUGCACUUACAAGGGUGUUAGGCAAAGGACAUGGGGGAAAUGGGUGGCCGAGAUCCGCGAACCUAAUCGCGGAGCUCGGCUCUGGCUUGGGACGUUCGACACGUCCAGUGAGGCUGCCAUGGCCUAUGAUGCUGCUGCCAGGAAGCUCUACGGAUCCGAGGCCAAGCUCAACUUGCCGGAUCAGAUUGUACCUCAAUUUCCCAACCCUCCUCCUGAUCACAACAAUAAUCUCCACAUGGCACCGGUGGUCAGUAAUUCAUCUUCCAAUACUGCUGCAUGUUUCCCGCCAGAUAUUUCGGUACCGAUUAUGCUCCAGGACCGUACUAACUUCCCGGUUCAGAUUCCUUUUCCUAAUCCGGGCAUGCAAACCUCCUACGGUAUCGCAUACGAGCAGGCCAACAGCAGCAGCAGCAGCAGCGGAAGCAACACUACCAUGCCUAUGGACACAAAAGAGGAGAAGUACGAAGGAGUUGACAAAAGGUUCUGGGAGAACGUAAGCACGAACGUGUUGCCGGUGUUUGAUGACUCCAUAUGGGCCGAGGCCGCCAUGUCCCUCGAUUUUCCGGUGAUCGAGAAUCACGGGAUUUUCGCCAGCAACUUCGUUGAUGGAAAUGCUUGGGAGGCUUUACCUGCUUCUUGGUGCGCAUAG